CUCCUCUCUGUCACUCCGGCCACUAUGGCCACGCCGAGAUUUCUCGCCAUCCUCCUCGUGGCCGCUCUCCUCGCGCUCUCCUUCUCGCAAGGGCCGGUGUUGCUGGCGGAGGGGAGGAAGGUGCAGGUGCUGAGGGCCGCGGGACACUCCGGGCGGCGUCCCCUCCACGGCGGCGUCCGGUUGCAGGAGCAGCAGCAGGGGAUGGUGUCUACGGUGAUGGACUACGACGAACCCAAGGCCAACACCAACCCCCACGGCAGCGUGCCCGCCACGCCGGACUACCCCACCGGGCCGCCGGGCCACUGACUGAAUCACUGAUCGAUCUGCGCGUUUGCACGUACGGUGCGGCAUGCAGAUCAAGAGGAAGAAGAAGAGGGAUCCGGGAAAGAAGCUGUUCUCCUCCCUCUUGCCGGACGGUAAAUCUUGGUGAAUUGGUAGACAAUUUGAUUCUGGUCGUCCUUGACAGUUCGUUUAAUUUUGAGAAUUGUAAGUAGGUCGUGUGCGUGUUCAGUUUUGAUCCGAGGAUCUGUAUGUCCUUCCCAGCUGCAUGCCGCCCAUCUGUACAACCCGUCCAUGCAUGUGUUCUCUUCUAUGCAAUAAAAUCGUCUACAUUUGUGCCAUUGAA